AAAAUGGCAGCUCACAUCAUCCGGCGGUUUGGCCAGCAGCCUGCGGGAGUUCUAGUUUGGAACUGUUUAAAGAAGAAUUUCAGUUCAACCGCGCCGAAAGCUGCAACUCAGAUGACAGUAAGGGAUGCUUUAAACUCAGCCCUUGAUGAAGAGAUUAGUCGAGAUGACAAAGUUUUUUUGCUUGGGGAGGAAGUGGCUUUGUAUGAUGGUGCCUACAAGGUUAGCCGAGGUUUGCACAAGAAGUAUGGGGACAAGAAAAUCUUGGAUACACCCAUUACAGAGAUGGGCUUUGCUGGUAUUGCAGUUGGGGCUGCCAUGGCUGGUUUGAAACCUGUUUGUGAAUUUAUGACCUUCAACUUUUCCAUGCAAGCUAUUGACCAGAUUAUCAACUCAGCAGCCAAAACAUAUUACAUGUCAGCUGGUCAGGUGCCUGUGCCUAUUGUGUUUCGUGGACCAAAUGGAGCAGCUUCUGGUGUUGCAGCUCAGCAUAGCCAGUGUUUUGCAUCCUGGUACAGCAGCUGUCCAGGUCUUAAAGUUCUCUCCCCUUAUUCCUCUGAGGAUGCCAAGGGCCUUUUAAAAGCUGCAAUUAGAGAUCCAAAUCCAGUUGUUUUCUUAGAAAAUGAGUUACUGUAUGGAGUGCCCUUUGAGAUUUCGGAUGAAGUUUUGUCAGAAGAUUUUGUUGUGCCUAUAGGAAAGGCUAAAAUAGAAAGAGAAGGAAAACAUGUGACACUGGUUAGCCAUUCAAAGACUGUUGGUCUAGCUCUCGAUGCAGCCAAAGAACUUGCCAAUGCUGGUAUAGAAGCUGAGGUUAUUAAUCUACGCACACUGAGACCCAUGGAUGACGCUGCCAUUAUAAACUCUGUGAUAAAGACAAACCACCUCGUGACAGUGGAAGGAGGAUGGCCUCAGUUUGGUGUCGGGGCAGAGAUCUGUGCAAGGAUAAUAGAAAGUCCUGCUUUCAACUAUCUUGAUGCCCCUGUAGUGCGUGUGACUGGAGCAGAUGUACCCAUGCCCUAUGCCAAGCUUCUUGAGGAAAACUGUUUACCACAACCGCAUAAUAUCAUAAAAUCUGUUAAAAAGAUACUCAAUGUCCAGUGACAAAAGACAGAAGAUGUGUGAAUGCAGAUGACGUGCAUGACUUUCCAUACAAAGUUAGGCGUGGAAGAGUGAGAAGACUAACAUGGGCAGAGUAACACUGAAUAGCCAAAGAGCUUUCUAUGCACAAGGCUGACUUCAGAGGUUAACUUGACUGAUGUCAAAAUGUAACAGACCAUGUGAGCUCACCAAGACAACUCAGGGUUCAGACAAAAUGGUAAUUUUUAUAAUGAGGAUCUCCAUGUGCCUCAGCUAGCAUUGUUUCUGAAGGAAGACAAAUCCUUGUGUUAGUUCACAGUUCAACAUAAUUGAAGUGGAGAGUCUUGGUGACCUAGAUGUCGUCUUGGGUACAUGUGGAGGAACUUAGCCCUUUUGCUAGGUAUUCAAAGUGAUCUUAACUGUGAAGAUAUGUAGGAAGGAAAACAACCGCUAGGAUGACGGAGAACUCUUACAAGGAAUAAAUGGGAUAUCAGAUGUUUUUGUUUCGUUUAUUGAGUGUGAAACAUAGAAUAAAGAAACCUUAGGAAAGUUGUUUGCUGAAUCAAAUUGUGCUACCAUGUUCUGCUCAGUGUAAUUAUUUCUCAAAGAAAUAUAUAUAUAGUGCUAUUUAAGUUUGAAUUUAGUUUCUGGAUGUACUCUGUUGCUGUAUUUUUGUUUUUUAACACCCGGUAAUUGGAAAAAUAAUAUUUUUGUACAUAUAUAGGUAUUUCCGGUAAAAUUGUGCUACAUUUAUAAAAACAUUUCUAAGUGUAAGAUGGAGUAAACUUGUUAUUGUUUCUCCAUAUGUAUUACAUAGUUCCUGUAUACAAAACCUUAUGGAGUUGAAAGAAUCUCUUAUCGUACUGAGACCGGUAACAGCAUUUUAAUCUGUUUUUACAAUUCUGAUGUCCAAAAAGUAGUAUCCAGUAUGUAACUAUGUAGGUGGAUCAAUAAAAAUAGUAAGAACACUUAUGAUGAAAAGAGAUAUUUAACUGAUACUUCUAAGCAUAAGGAAACUAGAUAAAUUUUUUUGAAAAUUUCUUUGUUUAGUAAAGAUGGAAUAUAAAAUUGAUUGCUCUACUCAUUCGAAGCAAUGUGUGGUGUUUGGUACCUACCAGAUGAACAGAGAUGCACUUGUGCACAGUGGGGUGUUAUGUAUGUAAAAUUUAUUACACUAUUGCAUAGAGCUUUCCCUAUUGGUGUUAAAGCCUACUGACCAUUCCAAAGUUAGAAUAAAACAGUUAAAUGAACCUAAAUCCUUACCAGACCCUUAACCAAAGGGGUCUUAUCUAUGAUUCUACCUUUUCUCAUGUGAAAGAGCAGCUUUCAGUGCAGUUUAGGCACGAUUAAUUUAAUGGCCAUUCGUUGGAUUGGCCAUUUUCAGCACUUCGUAAAAAGUAUAAUUGUAGUAGUCAACACAGAAUAAUGCCUUCAGAAUAUACUUAAAUAAACACCUUGCAA